AUGAACCUAUCCAUUAACUACCUCUUUCAACCAUCUCUCAACCACUUUAACUGUCACUAUUCCCGCCAUUUCUUUCUCCUUCCGAACCCCAACUCCAAGUCCUUCUCAGCCCAUUUCGGCCAUACUACCACCACCAUCAAACUCAAAUUCAAUGGCCCAGAUUCUCCAAAACCCAGUUCAAUUCACACUAAACCCGCCUCCGACGUCAACCCAUUACCUUACUCUUCCCUCAUCCAGGACUGCAUUGAUUCCAACUCGUUCCAGCGCGGAAAAUCAAUCCAUACCCAGAUGAUCUCUAAUGGGUAUAACCCAGAUGCCUAUUUAAUGACUAAAAUUCUUAUGCUUUAUGCUAGAAGUGGGUGUUUAGAUGAUUUGUGUUACGCGCGGAAACUGUUUGAAGAAAUGCCUGAACGAAACUUGACGGCUUGGAAUACCAUGAUCCUUGCGUAUGCACGUGUCGAUGAUUAUAUGGAAGUGUUGAGGUUGUAUGGUAGAAUGCGAGGUUCAGGGAAUUUUUCAGAUAAGUUUACGUUUCCAAGUGUGAUCAAGGCGUGCAUUGCCAUGGAAGACAUGGGUGGGGUUCGGCAGCUGCAGAGUUCGGUUGUUAAGGCAGGCUUGAAUUGUAAUUUCUUCGUGGGCGGGGCGCUGGUUGAUGGGUAUGCUAGGUUUGGUUGGAUGGAUGAUGCAGUCACUUCAUUGGAUGAGAUUGAGGGAACCAGUGUAGUUACUUGGAAUGCAGUCAUUGCAGGGUAUGUUAAGAUAUUGAGUUGGGAGGAGGCUUGGGGAAUCUUUGACAGGAUGCUGAAGAUUGGUGUGUGCCCGGAUAAUUUCACUUGUGCUUCUGCAUUAAGGGUUUGUGGUGCCUUGAGAUCUAGAGACGGAGGGAAGCAAGUGCAUUCUAAGUUGAUUGCCUGUGGAUUUAAGGGUGACACUUUUGUGGGUAAUUCUCUUAUUGAUAUGUAUGCAAAAUGUGGUGAUGAAGAGAGUUGUUUGAAGGUUUUUGAUGAAAUGGGAGAGAGGAAUCAAGUUACUUGGAACUCGAUUAUAUCAGCAGAAGCACAGUUUGGACAUUUUAAUGAUGCUCUGGUGUUGUUCUUGAGAAUGCAGGAGUCGGGUUAUAAGAGCAAUAGGUUCAACUUAGGAAGCAUUCUCAUGGCUUCUGCUGGUUUGGCUGACAUUGGAAAGGGUCGUGAAUUGCAUGGCCAUUUAGUCAGGAAUCUACUCAAUUCUGACAUCUUUCUGGGGAGUGCAUUAGUGGAUAUGUACUCAAAAUGUGGGAUGGUAGAAGAAGCUCACCAGGUUUUUAGGAGUUUGUUGGAGAGGAAUGAAGUUUCAUAUAAUGCUCUACUUGCAGGGUAUGUUCAAGAGGGUAAAGCGGAAGAAGCACUCGAACUUUAUCAUGAUAUGCAAUCAGAGGAUGGUAUUCAACCUGAUCAAUUUACAUUCACUACUCUAUUGACCCUUUGUGCCAAUCAAGGGAACGAUAAUCAAGGGAGGCAAAUCCAUGCACACCUUAUUAGAGCAAAUAUCACAAAGAAUAUAAUUGUAGAAACUGAAUUGGUUCACAUGUAUUCAGAGUGUGGAAGAUUGAACUAUGCUAAGGAGAUCUUCAAUUGGAUGGCAGAAAGGAAUGCCUACUCAUGGAAUUCGAUGAUUGAGGGGUAUGAGCAAAAUGGCGAAACUCAGGAAGCUUUGCGACUUUUCAAACAAAUGCAGCUCAAUGGAAUAAAACCAGAUUGUUUUUCUCUAUCUAGUAUGCUCUCCUCAUGUGUAAGUCUUUCUGACUCUCAAAAAGGGAGAGAGCUCCACAAUUUUAUAGUAAGAAACACCAUGGAAGAGGAAGGGAUCCUACAAGUAGUGCUUGUUGAUAUGUUUGCAAAGUGUGGGUCGAUGGAUUAUGCAUGGAAAGUUUAUGAUCAGACAAUAAAGAAAGAUGUCAUCCUCAACAAUGUAAUGGUUUCUGCAUUUGUGAACUCUGGGAGAGUAAAUGAUGCCAAAAAUUUGUUUGAUCAGAUGGAACAGAGAAACACGGCCUCAUGGAAUUCUAUUCUUGCAGGUUAUGCAAACAGAGGGUUGAAAAAGGAAAGCUUCAAUCACUUUCUAGAAAUGCUGGAAAGUGAUAUUGAAUAUGAUGUCUUAACAAUGGUGACUAUUGUCAACUUAUGUUCUAGCCUUCCAGCCCUUGAACAUGGGGACCAACUUCACAGCCUUAUUAUCAAGAAGGGAUUUAUAAACUGUUCAGUAGUUCUUGAGACUGCCUUGGUUGACAUGUACUCAAAAUGUGGGGCCAUAACAAAAGCGAGAACAGUGUUUGACAAUAUGAAUGGGAAAAACAUCGUCUCUUGGAAUGCAAUGAUUAGUGGUUACUCAAAGCAUGGAUGCAGCAAAGAAGCCCUUAUUCUUUAUGAGGAAAUGCAAAAAAAAGGGAUGUAUCCAAAUGAAAUCACCUUCCUGGCUAUACUUUCAGCUUGCAGUCACACUGGAUUGGUAGAGGAAGGCUUGAGAAUUUUCACCUCCAUGCAAGAGGAUUACAACAUUGAAGCAAAGGCAGAGCAUUACACUUGUAUGGUUGAUCUUCUUGGUCGUGCUGGACGACUGGAAGAUGCCAAGGAAUUUGUUGAGAAAAUGCCAAUUGAGCCAGAGGUAUCCACAUGGGGUGCCCUAUUGGGAGCUUGCAGAGUACACAAGGACAUGGAUAUGGGGAGGCUGGCAGCUCAACGCCUUUUUGAAUUAGACCCACAAAAUCCAGGGCCCUAUGUUAUAAUGUCCAACAUCUAUGCUGCAGCAGGAAGAUGGAAGGAGGUUGAAGAUAUAAGGCAAAUGAUGAAAAUGAAAGGGGUGAAGAAAGACGCAGGUGUUAGCUGGAUUGAGAUUAACAGUGAGAUUCAGAUUUUUCAUGCUGGAUCAAAGACACAUCCCAAAACAGAGGAAAUCUACAAUAAUUUAAGACACUUGACCUUGCAAAGUAAGGGUUUGGGAUAUAUCCCAGACACUAGCUUUAUUCUUCAAAAUGUCAAGGAUAUUAAGGAGGUGGAAGAAGAAGAGUAUUUGCUGCAACACAGUGAACGAUUGGCACUUAGUUUGGGCCUCAUUAGCUUACCUGAGAAAUCCACAAUCCGAGUUUUCAAAAACCUUCGAAUAUGUGGUGAUUGUCACACUGCAACCAAGUUCAUUUCCAAGAUCACAGGCCGCCGGAUCAUUGUAAGGGAUACAAACCGGUUUCAUCAUUUUGAAAAUGGAAAAUGUUCUUGUGGGGAUUACUGGUAG